AACCCCAUAUGGGUCGCGUGUCGGUUUAUACAAAAGAGCUUCUAUAAAUACACAGCUUACUUGCAAAUCGCAUGAGAAAGGACUCAUCACUCUGCCAUGUUCUGAUCAGACGGAGAUUACAAAGUUCACAGAUGGCCCAUUUCGUGUUCAAGAAAUCUAAACCAAACCAUAGCUGGCAAAAAGUUAAAAACAAAAACUGAAUCUGAACCCAGUAAUUUCCUUGAAAAUGGAGGGGCCUACGAGAUCGUAACGUUUGUCACUAUGCCUGUCAUGCCAGCUGCAUUUUGAAAUUGCAGAGUAGAGCUCGCUAAUGAAAUGAAAUUAAACGCAUAAAUCUUUAUUGCAAGUGCUCACUUUGAUGUUUCUGCUGUUCACGCACAAUCACUUCGGCUGGAUAAUUAAACUCUGUUUAGUCUUUUAAUGCCUUGAGAGAUAUGUAGGCGGGUCACAUUUAUUUUGACUUUGGAGUACUGUCACUGACACUCUUACCAACUCUACUGAGAAAGGCAUGGAGGAUGGUGAAUUUCUCCCACUCUACCUGGCUCAGUUUCUUGUAAAAUCUCACUUUUGCAGUUUUGAACUGACAAUACACAAUACACAAGUCUCUAGCGUGAUGAAAUGGUGAACAUUAUGUCAAUAUUUCUUCUGCUCUCUCUCUUUUCUGGUAAUCUUCGUGUUCCUUGAAUAAGUAGUCGAUUUGAAGCUGAUACGUAUGAGUUUUCUUCUAUGCUCUCGUUGAAGCCCUUUACUGAAUGCAUUUGAGCAUCCACACGUCUGAGUUUAAACUAGUGGAUCAUUUAAGUUUCCAGAUGACUUCUUCAAGUUGUUCCAAGUUGAGGUUGUUCUUGGUCAUAUUGUUAUGUUCUUCAGGCCCAUAUGCGGAAGCUUCCGAAUUUGAAAGACUAAUGGCAUUCAAAUCUGGUCUCACCAACACGGAGGGGAUUGCUGAUUGGGGUACGGAAUCAUCACCCUGCUCAUGGACCGGGAUUGCUUGCAUAAAUGCUACUGUUGUUGCUCUUUCUCUACCCCAUCUUGGUCUGCAAGGGCAGCUUCCUUCAUUGCUGGGAUCCUUAUCAAAUCUUGAAGUUCUAGACCUUGCAGAUAAUGAAUUUUCAGGUCCGAUCCCAUCACAGUUAUGGAAACUCAAAAAACUCAAAAUCCUUGAUCUGAGCUUCAACUUUAUUUAUGGAACUCUGUCUUCAGAUGUCCAGAACCUCACAAACUUGGAAAUUAUGAACCUUGCCUCCAACAGAAUAUCAGGCAGAUUAACCCCUGCAAUCUCCUCCUGUUCAAGCCUUUGGAACCUGAAUCUGAAUUCAAACUGGUUCACAGGAAAUAUUCCUGAGCAAUUAUCCCAACUAUCCAACUUGCAAGUGUUAGAUUUGGGAACAAAUGCAUUUUCUGGUGCAAUUCCGUCAACCAUUGGAAAUCUUUCUGACCUUCAAGUUCUGGAUCUCAGUAAUGGCCUCCUUUCUGGCAGCAUACCCACCAGUAUUGGACAACUAACAAGAUUACAGACCUUUGAUAUCUCAAACAACUCCCUAACAGGGCCUAUCCCUUCCAGCAUUGGGGAGAAUGUGGCACUACAGUACCUUCAAAUUGGAAAUAACAAGAUUUCUGGUUCGUUGCCCCAAGCAAUUGGCAAUCUCAUAAACCUUAUCAACCUAGAAGCCCCUUCUUGCUCUCUAGAGGGACCUAUUCCCAAAGAAAUUGGCAAUCUAAGAGGUUUGACAAAACUUGACCUCUCUGGAAAUCAGUUUCAAUCACCAAUACCCCCAGAUAUUGGGAAUUUGCUGAACCUCACGUAUCUCUUCAUCAGUAACGCAGAAAUAAAUGGAACAAUUCCAUCAGAGCUUGGUAACUGCCACAAGCUAAAAACUGCUAUCUUGAGCUUUAAUGAUCUUUCUGGAUCGUUGCCAGAAAGUCUAGCAAGUCUGUCAGAAUCUAUAAUCUCUUUCAGCAUUGAAAAGAAUCAGAUUGGAGGAGUGGUUCCAGCUUGGUUGGGAAAAUGGCAAUCUGCUGAAUCUAUUUUGUUGGCAUCAAAUAAUUUCCAUGGAAGGAUACCCAGAGAAAUUGGAAACUGUUCAUCACUAACUUAUCUCAGCCUAAGCCAUAACCAAUUAUCAGGUAUAAUCCCUUCAGAGCUUUGCAAAUGCAAAUUCUUGUCUGAUCUUGAUCUUGAGAACAAUUACCUCAGUGGAUCAAUUAAAGAAACAUUUCAAAACUGUAAAAAUCUCUCCCAACUUGUUCUUGUCCAAAAUCUACUUAUUGGUACCAUCCCUGCAUAUCUAGCUCAUCUUCCACUUCUGAGUCUAGAGCUUGAUUAUAACAAUUUCUCAGGAGGAAUUCCUGAGGAGAUAUGGAGUUCAAAAACCCUAUUGGAGUUCAGUGCAAGUUUCAAUUUCCUUGGAGGAAUAUUAUCAGCAAAGAUCGGCAGUCUUGUUAGUCUUCAACGUCUUGUCUUGAAUAAUAACAGGCUGCAAGGCAGAGUCCCAAAAGAAAUCAGAAAUUUGCAGGGAUUAUUAGUACUUUCUCUUAACCAGAACAUUCUAGCUGGAGAAAUACCCAGUGAACUAUUUACAUUGAAGUCUUUAACAAGCUUAGAUCUUGGGUUUAACAACUUCACAGGAAAUAUUCCUGAGAAUAUUCAGGAUUUGAAAGAAUUGGAAUGCCUGAUUCUUUCACACAACCAAUUAUCAGGUCCACUCCCAAUUGGGAUAACAGAGGGCUUCCAGCAAGCUCGGAUUCCUAGUAUGAGUUAUCAACAGCAUAGGGGAGUUUUAGAUCUCUCUAUGAACAGGUUCUCUGGCUCAAUACCUGAACAACUUGGAAACUGCUCUGUGAUUGUAACUUUACUGCUUGCAAACAAUAACUUCACUGGGAGGAUUCCAGCAUCGAUUUUUCAACUCCCACAACUUAUUUCCAUUGAUGUUUCCUCAAAUAGAUUGGAGGGCAAGAUACCAACUGAGGUAGGAGAUGCAGAGAAUCUUCAAGGUAUGAAUCUGGCGUGGAACAACCUAAGUGGACAGAUUCCUUCAGAAAUCGGAAAGCUUGAACACCUGGUUAAGCUUAACCUCUCAGGGAAUCAACUUAAGGGUGAAAUUCCUCCAUCCACUGGCAAUCUAAAAGGCAUUUCUGACCUGGACCUUAGCAAAAACUGUCUCUCUGGUGAGAUACCAUUUUCUCUUUCAAAGUUGGAAAACAUUGUUGGCCUUUACUUGCAAGAAAACAAACUGUCAGGGAAUCUUAGUCAGCUACUAAGGAAGAGCUCAUCAUGGCACCAAAUUGGUACCUUGAACUUGAGUGUAAACAAGUUAAAUGGAGAAAUUCCAAGCUCGAUUGCAAAUCUUCCUUACCUGACUGCCAUAGAUCUCCACAAUAACAGACUAUCAGGCACUAUAACUAGAAAUCUCAGCAGUCUCUCUCAGCUUCAGUACCUCGACAUUUCUGAUAACUUCUUCCAUGGGUCAAUUCCUCAUGAGUUAUGUGACCUCACAGAAUUAAGAUACUUGAAUCUUUCAAGCAAUCUGUUACAAGGCCAGGUCUUAGAAUGCAUAAAAUUCCGAGGAAGUUCUCCACAUACUAGAGAUGAUCACAGAUCUUCAAGAAAAGAACACUGCAAAACUAGACAUAGUUGGAAAUGCUACUUACUUGAAAUUCUAGUGCUCUUGAUUUUGGCCGUCUGCACAGCAAUUUCCAUUUUAUGGUUAUUUCUUGUUUUCCUUAAAAGGAACACCCAAAAGUUGGGUGGUGUGAAGUAUCUUUCAAGAAGUCAAGAUAACUUUAAUGAAAAUAGAGGUACUAUGUUAAAGCAAUCCUUGCUGCAGCUAACAUUCUCAGAUGUUGUCCGCUUCACAAACAAUUUCUCAAAAUCCAAUGUGAUUGGUGAUGGAGGUUCCGGUACAGUUUACAGUGGCAUCCUUCCCAGUGGGCAGUUGGUUGCAGUCAAGAAGCUUGGAAAAGCAAGAGACCAAGGAAGCAGGGAAUUUCUAGCUGAGAUGGAAGCAAUUGGGAAAGUGAAACAUAACAACUUAGUUUCAUUACUUGGGUCUUGUUCAUUCAGAGGUGAAAAGCUUUUAAUAUAUGAAUUCAUGGUGAAUGGAAGUCUUGACUUGUGGUUGGGGAACAAACCUGGGACACUUGGAACACUGGACUGGGAAAUCAGGUUAAAAAUUGCUUUAGGAGCAGCAAGGGGUCUUUCCUUUUUGCAUCACAGUAUCAUUCCUCCUGUAAUUCAUCGGGAUGUUAAGGCCAGUAACAUUCUUCUGGAUCAUAAUUUUGAACCGCGGAUUGGUGAUUUUGGAUUAGCUAGGACCCUGAGUGUCCGUGAAACCCAUGUAACAACUGAAAUUGCAGGUACAUUAGGAUAUAUUGCACCUGAAUAUGGUCAAAACUGGAGAUCCACGACAAAGGGUGACGUGUAUAGUUUUGGAGUAAUAAUGCUAGAGCUUGUCUCAGGGAAGGAGCCAACUGGUUUGGAAUUUAAGGAUUUGGAAGGUGGAAAUUUGGUUGGUUGGGUGAGAGCGAUGUUGGGGAAGGAAAAAGAAACUGAGUGUUUAGAUGCAAAACUUUGCAAGGAGAGUGCAGCAACACCCCAAAUACUUAAGCUGCUUCAUCUGGGUCUGCAGUGCACCAGUGAGGAUCCACUGAAAAGGCCAACAAUGCAAGAGAUUUCUGUACUGCAAUACAAGAAAGUGAAUCAUUCAAUAGUCAGCAGAAGCAUGCAUUGAUGAAUCCGCUAAGUUGUUUUAUGCUGAUGGGCUUGAACAUACAGUGGACACUAGUUGAACAAACCCGGACAAUAAGCUAAUAUUCAGAAGCUCUUGUGACUCUAGAUAUCCAUGUAAGCAUUGCCACAAGAAGCUCAUAAAGAACGUUGCCGGUGCAACAUAAAUUCUUUCUGGAAA